AGAAGGAGCUUGGAGGUAAUGGCUGUCGUAAAAGCUGGUUAUUUUCAGAGACUUCUAGAAGAUUUGGUGUAAAGGUGAAAAAAGAAGAGAGUGUUGAUGUGGCGUAAUGGGAAAGGAGAGUCGUUUUUUGUUCUAGGUUGAUAUCAGAGGUGUACACAAACUGGACAAUCUGCAUGUGAAGCCAGUUAAGCCCCAGGAAAGCAGUGCAGCAACAGAAGUGCCCAGCAGGGUGAAAGCUCUGCUGGGCAAGCAAUUGGAGUGAGAAUCAGGCAGUUGGAUCACAGGACCAGACCCACUAGGAUCCACGUGACAGAGGAAGAGACAAGAUUCCAAGCCCAGGAGACGGUGAGUAUUGGUGGAGAGAGUGAACAUCCUUAUGUUUGGGGGUCAGGUGGACUUUGGCUCUGAUUUUAUCUUGCCUUCUUCCCAACUUUGUUGUCUUGGGCAUGAGUAUGAAAAUGUCCAUUUUCUUGCUAACUGUUCACUAUGUCAUUUUUUGCUUCUUUUCAGUCAAACUAAGUAGAAAAAUGACAUCUCAGUUCUGUUUACAUUUGCAUCUCUGAUUAUUAGGGAAAGUGAAUAUCUUUUAUAUAUUGGUCAGUUUUAAUUUUUAUUUUGAAUUUUGAGAAGCCCUAAUAAACAACACCUCCUUUUCUCCACUGAACAAAUUGAUGUAAAGUAAAUGGAAUUGUAGAUGGCAGUCAAAAUGUCAGCUUUAGUACAAGGGGAAAGUUAAGUUGUAGGGCAUUGACUAUUGUAAAAAUCAAUUGGGCUGUAUAACAGAACCCCUAAUAUAAGCACCUCUAACCAAACAGAUUCCAGGCUUGCAAAUAUACAAGAAGGACAGAUAUGCCUGUAGUUACAUUGAUUAUCUGGCUCACAAGAAAGUAAAUAGAAUUGUUCCCUCAGAGUAUUUUGGAUUCUCUUUUUGUUCUUUGCCCACUUUUACUUUGCUAUUUAUUAGUUAUAUGUAAGAACUACUUUAGAAUAGUGUGAUAUUUUUGCAUUGAGAACAGUCUUAUCAAACUGUUCUGUUUUCAACAUUGUUUUACCCUAGCUUUUUUUUUUUGCAAUUUCAGUAUUUAGAUAUAUACCUCAUUAAAGAUUUUUAGUUGAUUUUUUUAUAUCUAGAAUUGAUUGUAGUUGAUAAAUCUAUGAACUUCCUGAAGGAUAAAUAGAAAGACCUGAAUAAAAAAAGAGCACGACCCACAACCAAAAGAAUUAACAGUUUAGAGAAUUAAUUCUCCACAAAUAAUAUAUUAAUUUAUUGCAAUCACAAAUAGGACCUAGUGGGUCUUUUAAAUGGAGCUUAACCAGUUGGAUCUUAAAAAUCAUUUGUAGAAAUUUGGUGCCAAAAAGUCAGAAAAUAUAUAAAAGAUAUUCUUUGCUGGUCUUUAUUAUUUGAUAAAGACAUUUCUACCUCUUGUUUUUGUUUUUGUUUUAGGAAAUCACCCACCCUUGUGGUUUGAAUGUAAAUUACAGAGACACGUGUUGCCAUUCCGCUUUCAAGUGCCUUAAAAAUGAACAUUUUUCCCUUUAAGUGAAUUUCAGUUUAACUUGGUGAUUCUCUUCCCUCUAAUUGAGGGAAAGGCCCCCUGCUUUCCCCAUCACAGGAGGGGGCGGAGCCUUCUCCAAGCAGCUGGGAAGUGAGCUGUGCCUGGCCAGUCUUGGGGGAGGGGCUGCAUUUCAGGAGACUGCAGCUGACAAGAAGCUUCAAGUGGAAUUUUUCCUGGACCUGGUCUAACAGGUAUUCUGGUUGCUGUUUCAAGUCCUGCCGGUGUCCUCACUGCAAGUCAUCCUUUCAGGUCACAGGUACAGCUGUGGUCAGCAAGAACCAUUUUUUCUACAUCAUCUAAGUUUAAAACUGAGGUUAAUAUCAGAGUUGCAUAAGACCUGGGCAAUCUGCAUAUGAUACCAGUUGAACCCCAGAAAGGCAGUACAACCACAGAAGUGCCCAGCAGGGCGAAGACAGUGCUAGACAAGCAGUUGGAGUGAGAACCAAGACAGCUGGAUCAGAGGACCAGACCCAUCACAAUCCACGUGACAGAGAUUUCUCUUGCCGUUUCUGUCCUCUGAUUCAGGGAGGAGGGGCCUUCUGCUCUUCAUCUCAGCCAGUGGGUGGAGCCUUCCGUGAGCAGCUUGGCAGUGAGCUGUGCCUGGCCAGUCUUGGGGGAGGAGCUGCAUUUCUCCAGGCUGCAGCUGACAAGAAGCUUCAAGGUUAAUAUCAGAGGUUCAUGAGACCUGGGCAAUCUGCAUGUGAUUCCAUUUGAACCCCAGAAAGGAAGUACAACCACAGAAAGUGCCCAGCAGGGUGAAGGCUGUGCUGGACAAAUAGUUGGAGUGAGAAUCAAGACAGCUGGAUCACAGGACUAUAAUUAUUGUGCCAAGUAUCCUCCAGUAUUGUCCUAUUCAAACAACUUGUUCAAGCAUCUUGGGGUAAUUGUAGUGAAGACAAAACACAAGCUAUAAACUCUUUGUAGUCCUAAAACAAGGAACUUUGUUGAAAGUGUUGUUUUGUAGGACCUGUUUUUGCAGUGACAAGGACAGCAAGUCACCUCAACUUCUGAUAAGAACUCCUUGGCACACAAGUCUAAUUCAUAAUGGAAGUUGAGUAUGUCCUAUGCAAUUGGAAAGACCAGUUAUGGCCAGCGAAAGUUUUGUCCAGAUCUGAUACUUCAUCAGACAGUAAGAGAAAAAAGACAAUUUCACUAGAAGUUCAAAUACUCUCACUAGGUGAGAAGAUUGAAGUGGACAUCACAGAAACAAAGAUCCUUGAUAAAUCUCAAGUUGAAGCCAUUGCCUCCUCUCUAGUGGUACAGUCAGAGGACAGUGCCCCACCUCCAGAGGAAACAGCCUAUGGAAGGUCACUAAAAGCGGCACUGGAUAUCCUGAAUGAGGGAAAAACUUUGAGUCAAGCAAGCAUUUCAAAUGAAGAAGAAACCACUGUGAUGUCUGAAAAUGACCCACAAAAGUUGUCUGAUUCACCCCCUCGUAAAAAGUAUCGGAGGCAUGAAGGGGACUUACUGAAGUCUCUUGAGGAAAAUGAAGACCCAACAUCCCUGUUAAUAUCUUCAGAGAGUGGUAAUUCCCAGCCUGAUGAUAAACCACAGGUUCACACAACUAUUGAUACUAUUCCGAGUGAAAUGGAAACAAAGUCAUCAGAGAACCCCAUCUCGUGCCAGACUUUCCCUUCACUUUCAGAAGAUGAUGAUGACAAAGAGAAGAAAAAGAUCGACAUCUCAGCAAUUUUAUCUGUAAGUUCCACAGUCAAAGAAGAGGAUGCAUAUGUUAAAGAUGAAAAAUUUGUUCCAACUUUGUCAUCAGAUAUUGGCACUAUGCCCAAAACUUUGAAAGAAGAGGAAAAAGUCAUCUGCUCAGAGACCCCUGCUGUUUCUUCUGAAUGCUCUACCUUCUCAGAGAAUAUUGAGGAUCCUGGAGAAGGUCCUUCAAAUCCAAAUCCAUGCACAGAUGCUACCCAGGAACAACCUGUGGAAUCAGAGAUGGGUGCUGCAACAUCCCCUGCAAGUUGUUCAGGGGAAUGCCAGGCUUCACUUAGUGCCUCUAACCCUGUCCUGGAUUAUUCACUUCUUGUGAAUAAUGAAAGAAGUUUUCAGAGAUUGGAUUUUGAGGAACUUGAGGAAGAAAUUCAAGCUUCUGACAAGUCAGUACCUCCAAAUCCUGGUAGUUCUUCUGCAGUAGAUGAUAAUGAGGAAGAUGAAGAACUCCCACGCUUCAUUUUUCAUUAUGAGCCACGUUCAUUUGAAACAGGAAUGAUAGUCUGGUUUAAAUAUCAAAAAUACCCAUUUUGGCCAGCAGUGGUAAAAAGCAUCAGGCGUAAAGAGAGGAAAGCAAGUGUGCUUUUUGUUGAGGCAAACAUAAAUCCUGAGAAGAAAGGCAUUAGGGUACCAUUCAGAAGAUUAAAGAAGUUUGACUGUAAAGAGAAACAAGCACUAGUGGAUAAAGCCAGGGAGGAGUAUAGUGAAAGUAUUGACUGGUGCAUUUCAUUGAUUUGUGACUACAGAGUUAGAAUAGGUUGUGGAUCUUUUACAGGCUCUUUCCUUGAGUACUAUGCUGCUGACAUUAGUUAUCCAAUCAGGAAAGCAAUCAAACAGGAUACCUUCAGGAAUCUAUUUCCAAAGCUGCAGAGUGAUGAUACUGUGGAACAAAUGGUUGUGACUUCCCAGACCAAGAAAAUGGCCUUCCAGAAAAUUCUCCCUGACCGGAUGAAGGCUGCUCGGGACCGAGCCAACAAGAACCUAGUGGACUUUAUUGUGAAUGCAAAGGGAACAGAAAACCAUCUUUUGGCCAUUUUAAAAGGCACCAAAGCAUCCAGAUGGCUGAAAUCAUUUUUGAAUGCAAACAGGUUCACACCCUGUAUUGAAACAUACUUUGAAGAUGAUGAUCAGUUGGAUGAGGUAGUGAAAUAUUUACAGGAAAUCUACAAACAAAUAGAUGAAAGGAUGCUGACUCGGAUAAAACAUGACAAAAUUAAAUUCAUCCUGGAAGUUCUCCUGCCAGAAGCAAUCAUUUUUUCAAUUUCUGCUGUUGAUGGAUUAGAUUAUGAAGCAGCUGAAGCAAAGUAUCUAAAAGGGCCUUCUCUUGGCUGUAGGGAAAGAGAAUUAUUUGAUUCAAAAAUCAUAUUUGAAAAGAGACGGAAACCUUUAACAAAUGAAGCUCAUUAAAUACCCCAAGAGUCAAAAUCAUAACAGGGAGCUUUCACAGAUGUUAGUUUAAAAAAAAUCCCUUUACAGUACUAUCUACAAUGUAAAUAUUUUCUGAAAAAGAAAGACUUUGGGCAACAUACUCGCUUUUCUUUUUAAGAUCUCUAGGAUCUGCAGAUAUCACUACAUGUUUUUUUUUUCUUAUGCUUCUUCAAAGUCAAUGUCAUCAACAGAUUUCAGAAGUUUCACUUUCAAAAACAUUUUAGAAUGAAUUAUUCCUAAGUGAUUUUUAAAAGAAAGUACUAUUUGGUUUUAUGACAUUUUUGUCUAUGCUGUAUAGUUAAAUACAGUGUAUACAGUCAUUUUAAUAUUAAAGUUACACUGGUGUUAGAUAUUAAGCAAGAUAGUUAGAAAAGAAGUGUUAAAGAAACAUGAUUAUAUUUUUUUGCUUAAUUUUUAUAAAAUACUGGAUUUUCUCUUAAAAUAGUUGAAUUAUUUUUCCUGCCAUGCCUAUUUAUUUUUGGAAAAAAGUAUCUCUGAGACAUAGAACCAAAGAUAGAUGAUAGAUAAGCUUUGCUGCAUAUUAUAACUAACCACAGUUGCUUUUGCAAAACAACAGUCUAAAGUUAAAAAAUAAAGUAAAUGGAUUAUCUGCAUGCAGUCUGUAUUUGUGUGAAUAACAUCUCAGCAUGCAGAAAAUAAUUUCAGCAGCCUUGAACAGGAUAUCCAAAUCUAUACUUCCAUGAAAUUCAAUUUUGUAGAGUGUGUGUCCUUAAAAUGAGUGAAUAGUUUCUUAAAACAGACAGGUUUCUGGCUGUCUUCAUAACUAACCAAGAGUGGAUCUUUUUAAUAGAGCUGUCUGACCACAUGUAAAAGGCAGCUACAGUCAUUGUAUUCACAGUCUGGUCACUCCAGAGUCCAGACUUACUGCUUAAGAGCCCAUGUAGUUUGAUUCAAACCAUAUAGAAAGCAAGCACUACAUUCUUUCUAAGUCUUAUUUCAAAAUAUGUAGUCAUUUGUCUCAAAUUAAGCAAACUUUAGCGUCCGGCUUAUUUGUACAGAAGUUUUCAUUGAUUCCAGUACUAAUAUGUCAACUAGUAAGUCAUUCCAAACUAUCAGAAGGAGUAGAUGGACCAAAACCUGGGAAUUUGGAAAUGGAUCACAGAAAGAGCCUCCAUUGGCUAAAUAUGGCAAUUACCCAAAUAUGGUUAAAUAUCGACAAUUGAUAGGAUGAAGCCGAUGAAUAUAUUCUAACUCAAAACAAGAUUUUUAUGAGACUACAUCUAAGAAAAACUAGUUUAUUAUUUUAAUAAAAUUGUUACAAUAAGAAGUGCUGAAGACUUAACAUGAACCUGUCUACAAUUUUACAUCUUAAAGUGAGAUAGCUGUUAUCCUUGGGCUCUUGAUAUGUGUUCACAUAGCUACAUGUGUAUGUAAAAUUUUUAAAAGUUGGUAUUUUGAUUUGUAAUAAAACCAUUAUAUCCUUCACUUCGGAUGGUCACUCCAUACUCCAGAUUAUACAACUACAUAAGUGGUGGGUUAUUUUUUUUAAUUUUUGCUUUUUAUAGGUGCUGUCAUUUUAAUGUUUGUUAUAAGUUGUCAUUCUGAAUAAAUGUUCAUUUUCAUGGUU